AAUUUCAAAGAUAAAUAGAAUGCAGCAACAUAUCCGGCCACGUUAAAAUAGCUUGUUUCACGUAAAUUUUGGUGGCCGGGAGUGAUUAAAAAAAUAGUCUCUCGAUUCAUUGCAAACGCGAAAGGUACAAAAUACUAUAAUUAUACACCUGAAUGUGUAUUUGACUCGUUUUUUAUCUUGAAAAUAUUCACACAAAACUCGGAAAAUGGACUAUUGGACGACGUGGCUAGUUGUUGUCUCCCUUCUGUCAUCAUUAUUACUCGUUGAUUGUGUUGAAUUGACAUUCGAAUUACCAGACAACGCCAAGGAAUGUUUCUAUCAAGAUAUCGAAGCAAAUCAGUCAGCAACUGUGGAAUUUCAGGUUGUGACUGGUGGUCAAUAUGACAUCGACGUGACCCUCGAAGCUCCCAAUAAAGAAUUAAUUUAUCGUCAAAUCAAAACUCAAUUUGACUCUCAUACAUUUGUAGCGACACAUAGUGGUGCAUACAAGGCGUGUUUCAGUAAUGAGUUUUCAACAUUUUCACACAAAUUAGUUUAUAUGGACUUCCAAGUUGGCGAUGAGGAUGCAUUGCCUGGAUUGGAAGAACAUGUCACUGUCAUGACGCAGAUGGAGACGUACGCUCAGGACAUUCACAAAAACUUAAUCCGCACGGUGGACUAUCAAACGUCUCACAGAUUGCGAGAAGCUCAAGGCCGCAAACGCGCCGAGGACUUGAAUGAACGUGUCCUGUGGUGGUCAAUUAUGGAAACAGCUGCCAUCCUCAUAACAACAGUCGGACAAGUUCUGGUACUCAAGAAUUUCUUCACUGAUCACAAAUCUUAUCAGAGACUCUGAACCCAAAAUCAAUCAGAUAGAAGAUAAAACAAUUGUAUUUUUCCUGAAAGUGGCAGGGAUGUACCCCAAUUUCUCAGGAUACAGGCAAUGAUAAACAAUGUUUUUUCACUGCUCACUUGUGUUUUCUUGAUGCCAGUUUCAGGGGUCUCAGAAUGUGGUUAUUUAUUUCGAAUGAUCCGUGUGUUUAUUCCUAUUAUCUGUAACUGUAUAGAUAUGAAAAUUUCGAUCAAUUCUAAUAAAUUUCUCCUUCCAUUUGUAAUUUGAUUGAUGUAAACUGGAGGAACUAGCAAUAAAAUUCAUUGCCCUUCGUAUUUUGUUUGAA